AUGUCUUCUGUCUCAGGAUUCAUUAGCAUAGACUGCGGCCUUGCUGGAAAUUCCAGCUAUGCUGAAAAGACAACCGGCAUUAACUACAUUUCAGACGAAACCUUCAUAGACACCGGAGAAAGAAAAUCCAUAUUGCCGGAAUACAGCAAUAGGUAUCAACAGCCCUACACGUCUCUUAGGAGCUUCCCUGAAGGAAAAAGAAACUGCUACGAGAUCAAUGUUACUGAUGGCUACAAGUAUUUAAUCAGAUCAAGUUUUGUAUACGGGAAUUAUGAUGGCCAAAAUAAAGUUCCCGAAUUCAAUCUGCAUCUGGGAGCUAACUUAUGGAGCAUGGUGAAGUUGGAGAGUGCAUCUACUAUCACACACAAGGAGCUCAUACAUGUGCCUCGCCGAAACUAUAUACAUGUUUGUCUGGUAAACACAGGCUCCGGGGUCCCAUUUAUAUCAGCUCUAGAAAUAAGGCCUUUAUUGAAUGGAACUUAUAAACAGAAGGGGAGUCCUGGGCACUUGACAUGCGAUUUGACACGGGUCAAAACGUAUCCAUAUGAUGUUUUUGGUCGCUUCUGGAAUGGCUACUAUGACAAUGAUUGGACACAAUUAAUUACCACAUCCACCAUAGACAAUAGCAAUAGUUUCCGACCACCAGAAAUUGUCCUGAGCACAGCUGCUACACCGAAAAAUAAAAACGGUUCCUUGGAAAUACGGUGGCUGCCUUCUGAUAAUGUUACGGAAUAUUAUGUUUACAUGCACUUUUCGGAAGUUGAGAAACUCCCAGGCAACCAGUCUAGACAGAUGUACAUCAAUAGGGAUGGAAAACUCUUUGAAAAAAGUCUUGUUCUUCGUAAUUACUUGGGCGUCAUAACUAGUUACAACACUAAAGCUCUCAGUAAUGGAGGGCAAUAUAAUUUCUCAAUCUUUAAGUUUGAGAACUCUACCCUUCCACCAAUCCUCAAUGCUAUCGAGUUUUACAUGGUAAAAGAAUUCUUAGAAUCAGAAACAAACCAAGCAGAUGUUGACGCAAUCAAAGACAUCAAGUCAACUUAUAAGAUUAAAAAGAACUGGCAAGGAGAUCCAUGUGUCCCUCAAGCUUACUUGUGGGAAGGUCUAAACUGUAGCUAUCGUGAAAAUGAGUCCCCAAGAAUCAUAUCCUUGGACUUAUUCUCGAGCGGACUGACAGGGAAGAUAGCUACUUCUAUAUCCAAUCUCGAAAUGAUACAUACAUUGGAUUUAGCAAACAACGACUUGAUAGGACCAAUUCCGGACUUCAUGUCUCAAUUGCCAAACUUAAAUGUCCUAAACCUGGAGAAAAACAAGCUCACAGGCUCAGUUCCAAUUAGACUAAUUGACAGAAACAAGAGUGGUUUGCUAUCUUUAAGGUGUUCGCUGUAG